AUGAUGAAAAUAUCUGUAGCUGACUCUUCUUAUUCCCAAUUUACCUAUCUAUCUAUUAUCUAUCUAUCUAUCUAUCUAUCUAUCUAUCUAUAUCUGCUAUCUAUCUAUCUAUCUAUCUAUCAUCCCAGUCUCAUCUAUCUAUCUAUAUCUAUCUAUUCAUCUAUCCCAGUCUAUCUAUCUAUCAUCCCAGUCUGCUCAUAUCAUCCAUCUAUCUAUCUAUCUAUCUAUCUAUCCCAGUCUGCUCAUAUCUAUCUAUCUAUCUAUCUAUCUAUAUCUAUCUAUCUAUCUAUCCCAUCUAUCAUAUCUAUCAUAUCUAUCUAUCUAUCUAUCCAUCCCAGUCUGCUCAUAUCUAUCUAUCUAUCUAUAUCUAUCUAUCUAUCUAUCCCAUCAUAUAUCUAUCUAUCUAUCUAUAUAUCUAUAUCUAUAUCCCAGUCUCACAUCUACAUUCAUCUAUCUAUCUAUCUAUCUAUCAUAUCUAUUCAUCUAUCUAUCUAUCCCAGUCUGCUCACAUCUAUCUAUAUCUAUCUAUCUAUCUAUCUAUCAUAUCUAUAUCUCUAUCUAUCUGCUCUCAUCUAUCUAUCUAUCUAUCUAUCUAUCUAUAUCAUCCAUCCCAGUUAUAUUAUCUAUCAUAUCUAUCAUCUAUCUAUUUCUAUCCAUCUAUCCUAUCUAUCUAUCUAUCUAUCUAUCUAUCUAUAUCUAUAA